AUGGGAACGAAAGAAAAUGUCCUUAUUCCUUCAUCGAGGGACGAGACACUAGAGAAUGAGAAGGACCAGGCGAUACUGGAGAAGAACGCUGAAAAUACGCGGAAUCGUCGUGACCUUCAAGGAAUCAGAGGAAUAGCUAUUAUUGCCGUAGUGUUGUUCCAUUAUUUCCCAGCUCAUUUUCCAAAUGGAUAUGUCGGCGUUGAUCAAUUCUUCGUUCUAUCUGGUUUUCUGAUGUCCAUGGUAACGGAGCGAAGGAAGCGAUUCACAGCGAGAGAAAUAAGUCUCUUUUACUAUCGUCGCUCGAAGCGUAUUUUGCCGUUGUAUUUACUUGUGCUGAUCGGUUGUGUCGUCAUUACUGAAGCAUGCCUCUUCGGCAGUCUACAUCCAACUAAUUGGAAGUCGUUUUACUACGCCUCUGUUUUUAUGACGAAUAUCAAAGCAACUGACAGUAUCAGAGAAUAUAACGAGAUGCUUUCGAAAGCAAGAGAUUUCUUCACCCAUACAUGGUCCAUAGCAGUGGAGAUGCAAUUCUACAUAAUAUUCCCAGCGCUCUUCGUGAUAUAUAAAUCAAUCUACCUUCCGAUAUCGAAACCGUUCCUGGUGACCGUUGGUGAGUUUCGAUGA